AGAGUGAGAAGAGAAAAUGGCGUCGGUUGACGCAGGGGAUUGGAUGUGUGAUGUUAUAUCUAUUUUAACUUCUUCGCAGAAUUCUGUGAAUAAAAGUCAUAUACCACAGAUAGUCAAAUCCAUCUUGUACAGUAAGGAGAAAUUACUGAAUCAUGAAGAGGAAACGGAAAACUUUUAUGCACCAUAUGCAGCUCUUUGUGCCCACUACAUCAGUGUUAAUGCUGCAGAAAUUAAGAGAAGCCAGGUACCAGUCACAGGGCAAGCAUGUAAGGUCCUGUUGCAGUAUUUACUCCAGAAGCUUCAGACAUUUACAGAACAAAGUUGUCUGCUUCAAAAGCAGAUCAUGAACCUGAUUCGAUGUUUUUGCAAAAAUGAUAGCGCACUUCAACGUGCAGAUAUUAUGACCUUGACUACAAUGUUGAAAUCUGCAAAAAUACCCUCAGAUUUUUUAUUGCAAAAAGCACCUGGUCAUGAGUUCUACAAAGAGGAUGUGAGAGAGACUAAACCUCACAGACUGGACCAAAAUACAAGCAUUUUGGAGCAGCUGAUGACCCCACUGCUUGAAAUACCAGGAGAAAGAAAAACUCGUGGGACAGGAAUCCUGGAGCAGGAUAGUGACAGCACCGUGAUUCAGCUUCCAGACCAAGGAGAAGAAACUAAGGCUCUGCUUUUUUCUAAGAACACAAUUAGUCUACAGCAGUUAAAUGGAGGAGAUAUUUUAUUAGAAAUGUGUUUGGCCCUCCCAUCUGUACAUCAUUAUGUUUCUCAGUUGAACGACACACUAGCAGGAAAAGGACUUGGAGUCCCUUCAUGCGUAGCUGGAGCGUUGCUUGUUAGUAGCUCGUACAGAACUGUGAUGAAUGACAUAAGUAUAGUUGGAAGAGCUCUGAACUUGCAAGUCCUAGAGCCCCUUACAGAGGAACGACUGCAGAAGUUAACCACCAUUGCACUUGGCUGUCUAUAUACAUCAAUUGCUGUAGCAACAGCUUCUAGUAUUCUCAUGAUAUCUGGGAACCCACCUACUAAAGGAAUUGGUGCCCACAAAGAUGAUGAGAAUGAUAACUGUGUUGUUUCAAUUGUAAAAAUUAGUCUAGAAACCUACAAUACAGUAUCAACUGUAAUUCAUUCUUCUGCAAGGGCAGGAGGUCAUAACUUACAAAAUUUGCACCUUGGUGGCUCAUGGCUUCUACUGACAGGCCUUCAGAACAUGUUGAAUCUUUACCCUCUGAACCCAACUGAUAAAGGAAGAGAAGGAUCCUCUAAGAGUAAAGGAACAUCUGACCCAUCUUCUGGAUCUAAACCCAAAGAACCUCCUUUACCCAAACAAAACAUGAUGAAAAUCCAACAAGGUUUUGGCGUGUUGUUUGUUGCACUUGCGUCACAAGCUGUGUCUCUUAUGACAAACCUUUUGGUGGAUCUGCAGGUGGAAACAGGAAUUACAGAAGAACAGCCAACUUCAUUCCUGUCUCAGCCAACUCAGCCACUAGUAGCAGAAGAUAUGACAAAACACUUAACUGCUUGGCAACGAGUUCACAAAUUAACCUCAAACCUUAAUCUGAUUAACUUGCUUUUUAGCAUAGCUUCGGUGAACUAUCGAAAGGCAUGCAUGUUAAAACGGAUUCAGAAACAACCUGUGGAUGGAGACGGCUUUAGCACCUCUGACUCAAACACAUAUUAUGAAGAUGAUUUCAGCUCUUCAGAUGAUAGCAGUGAUGACGAAGAUGAUGACAGUGAACCCAUACUUGGUCAGUGGUUUGAAGAAACUUUAGCUCCUGAAGAUUGUGGCGUGACAGUAACUCCUGGCCCACCUGCAACUACUCCAUCAGAUAGUGAUGUCCGUAACGGAAAACCUGCCCAGGGCCAAGCGUCUGAAUCAGCUUCUCUUAUUCCUGAAAAGGGUGAACCUCAUGGAUAUAUCAGACUUGCCUGCAGAAUUUUCAACUUUCUUAAUAACUACUUUGUAAGCUCAGAAAAUCUUUACAUCAGGGACUACUUAAGAAGCAAACUAGGAGAGUCACAGAUGGUAGUCUUGGCAGGUAUCAUUAAAGACUUGGAUAGAGAAACUUCUCGAUCAGAAACUGGCACCAUCAGUAUUUACUUUGGAGCUGAGCUAAGCCAACUGUACGAUGAUUUUUCUCGAUCACUAGCUCGCUUUCUGCAUAACCUUAUGGCCACUAAAACACUAUCAGAUGGUCUGCAGAAUGUGCUGCUAGCCCAGAUGGGAGUUAAUCCUUGGAAUCAAGAAGAUUGGCCUUUACAAGUGUACAGUAGAACAUUAUCAAUCUUAGCUCAGGUUCUUUUACUCAGGCAACAAAGGGAGAAGGAUGAGCUCCGAAGUGAAAGUGAAGCAGCUUGUUCUUUAAUUUUGCAGCGAUUUUUAAAUACUUUGAAGAAAGUAAUCUUGACACCUGGCAGUGUAUCUAUAAUAGAAGAAGGAGAAGAUGUGAAUGUUGAGCAUGCCCAGCUGUUGUUGUUCCUUUUCCACAACCUUCAGUUAAUGCAGAAAAAGAAAAUACUUUUACUAACUGGACAAACCAUAUUGGAUGUGGCUCCUAUUGUUGAGAGCCCAAAGAAAGACUUCCAAAUUAUAUACCUUAGUCGACUGCUUCUCAUAUUUGAGUACAUGAUGAAAAACUUGUAUGAUGCUCCUUCGUCUCUUAUUGAUCAGGUGACAGUAAACUUAUUCAGUUCACUGACAGGUCCAACCAUUUCAGAAAAAGAUAACACCAGAGGGCACUCUCGAAUGUUUUUUGCCUGUCAAGAGUUGGAAGAAAACUACUCUAAAAAUCUUCCCUCGGAUGAUGUUCCAGUGUGUGUCAUGAAACCGAGGUUUUACAACCUUACCAAUGUGGAUAUUAACACCCAAGAUGUUCCUAAGUUGGAUGGUUUUGCUUGCAGUUUCACAUUGGGAACUCCUGAUGUCCUGAAGUAUUCUGCUUUAUAUUCGGCCUUAUCAUCUCUGUUGACUGUAACAAGGCAGUGUGACAUAUCUGAAAAGCUAUCAUUCCUGGGUGUAUGUGCAGUACAGUACACCUUCUCGUGUGUAUGGAGGUUGCUGCUGUGUCUUCCACCUUCAGUGUCUUCACUAGAGUCACUUGCCACAAGCAGUCAAAGUUUGGCUCCUUCACAAUUGCUCAUGUCUGCUGUAUGGAGUCCCCGAUGUAAUCAACAAGUGUUUUUCUAUGGUUGGAUCAAGGAUGCUCUUGUGAAACAGGGACUCACAACACAGAAAGCUGAAGCUUUGCUUCGAUCAGUGACUAAAAAUACUGGAAAUGUACGAUACGAUAUCAAGAUAGUCAAAGAAUUCAUUAACAAACAGUUGACUGAAGGUCCUGUGUCAUUAAAUGGACCAAUAUUCAAAGAUGAUCUUCCUGAGCUACUGGAUAUGAUUACUUUAGAAGCAAUAGUAGCCAAACUUCAGAUGGGACUUGAUGCUUGUUUUGCUAAACCCAAGAGUGACAGCUUGGGUAGUGAAGCCAAAGAAUUUUCACAAGAACUGUUGCCUGUUGUUCUUCAGCUGGUAGAGAUGUACUCUACAUGUAUCAGAUGGAGCCUUUUACACCAGAUGAGUCAGAACUCAAGUAAUGACACAAGUCCUUCAACUAGAACUCUUCAAGCCUAUGACUUGGUGUUGCGAAUGUCUUCUAGUCAGUGUGCUAAGAUCUCCAGUUUUGCUCUAGCUAUUGCUGGAUAUCUACCUGCAUCUCUGCGAGGUAUUUUGGACAAGUGGAACUCUUGCAGUGUGGCUUUGUGCAACUGGCGGAAUGAUUUUACUAAAGAUGUCAUCCCUUCCGAAGGCUAUGUUUGUACAGUAACAAACUCCCACAUUUCAACACUUUCUGAGUAUGCUGCAUUUACAACUAACCCUAACACAAAACGCUUACUACGUCAGCUUGUCAGAUUUGCCGGAGACCUGAUGAUCUGGUGCCCAGAUAACUUUCGUACGCAACAAAUAAUUCGAUCUAUGUUGCCACUUCUGCUGGAUUCCACCACAGAGUCAGUUAGUGAACCAGCUACUCUAGCUUUGGAUCGUUUUAUCGGUUCUGCAGACAGUGAGGAAUGUUUGCCAUACAUCUACCAAGAAGUGUUGGCUAGAAGUUAUGACCUUCUAAUUGAUUAUUCUUCAGGAGUGAGUGAGGUCGAUGAAAAGAUAUUCCAUGAAUGUCUGAAGUUUAUGGAAGGAUUAUUAGAUAAACAAAUGGGCAAAAAAGCUUUAGAAAAAUUCUUCACUGAGAAUCCAGAAAAGGACAUGAUAAACAUUUUGCUCUCAGCAUCCAACGAGAAUCUAAGUCCUACUUAUGGUACUAGAGUACUGAAGUUUUUUAGCAAGUUAUUUCAGCAAGUGGAGAAAAACCCAUCGGACAAGACUUUGGAAAAGCUGUGCUCGACUCUUAGCAAGAUGAGCAAGCUGAGUAAACUUGACACCUCUGCACUUCACCACUGGUUAGAGAAGAUUAUAUCUGGAGCUCCCUCUCAGCUCGAAGGAGAUGAAGGAAGCAUGCAGGAAAACAGAUUGUUGCUACAAAGUCUUACAUCAUACAUUGUGAAAGAAAACAGUGCUGUUGGAGAAGAAGUAGCUAAUGCCAUCCUUUCAGCCCUUAUACCAAUGGGAUCUAAAAUACUUUCACCAGCAUCUGAGGGUAUUGGGUUUUCAGAGUUGAUGGUUGUUAUGGCAACAUUAGCAGGAGCAGGAUCAGGAUCGGGCCACUUGCAACUCUUCAAAGCUGCAACUGGUUGGCUAGAGCUCUGUAAGAAAUACCUUGUCCAAAAAGAUGUUUUAGAAAAACUUGAAGACAAUGUGCCAGGAGGCAAGCAUCAGAUUAUGAUGGAGUCCACCUGCUAUCUGCUGUCCUACUUAGCUGAUGUUGUUGGAGCUUUAAAGAUGCAAAAUGAAAGAGGAUCAGUAUCCAGCAGAAGUGGAGCAACUUCACCCCCAUGUGAUGGAGAAUUCCAUCAUCCUGAGAUAGACUCUGAUUGGGCUGAAGAAAUUGGUCCAGAUGAAGAUGAAUCAGCUGGAGAGGAUUCAGAUGAAGAUUCCAUUUGUAACAAACUGUGUACUUUCACAAUGACCCAAAAGGAGUUCAUGAAUCAGCACUGGUAUCAUUGUCACACUUGUAAGAUGAUAGAUGGAGUAGGAGUGUGUACUGUGUGUGCAAAAGUGUGCCACAAGGACCAUGAUGUCACCUAUGCCAAGUUUGGAUCUUUUUUCUGUGAUUGUGGAGCUAAGGAAGAUGGAACUUGUCAGGCUUUGGUUAAACGAAGUGCCCUACCAGGGCCUGAAAGUGGGACAUCAGCUUCAGUUACUUCAGCUUUCCCCUUUUCGUCUGAAACAAUUCUUCCAAGUUCUUUACGUCGUCGACAGUCAUCACCCACUCCAGGAUCAUCCAAUCUUGAUAGAGGUGGAAGUAGCUUGAAUGGAGGGGAUGGGAAAAAGUCUUUUGACGAAGCUUUGAAGCACAAACAAGCAUUAGCCAAACUUCUGGAGAGUUUUAGAGAUGCCCUUAUUAGUCACAUGGGAUCAACUGGCUUGCCUGGCAUAAUCCUAAGCCUGUUGCAGUAUCUCCUUCCUGCUGUUGUGAAGUCGUGUCAGCGGAACUCUCCCAUUGGUAGUUCUACCCGAGCUAUGAGGGCUCUUCAUGAGCUACACACACAAGACAAGGCUUUGGAACAUACAGACCAGUUAAUGGUACAAACCUUAGGUUCUCAAGAGGGAGCCUUUGAAAAUGUUCGCAUGAAUUAUUCAGGAGAUCAAGGUCAGACGAUCAGACAGCUCAUUAAUGGCCACAUGAUCCACAGAGUAGCCAUGUGUUGUCUAGCUUCUCCACUGGGAAAAAGGCAGCAUCUAGCUGUGAGCCUUGAAAAGGGAAAAAUCACAAUUUUGCAACUCUCUGCUUUACUGAAGCAAGCCGACUCCAGUAAACGUAAACUUACCCUAACACGAUUAGCCUCUGCUCCUGUUCCUUUCACUGUUUUGUCUAUUGCUGGCAAUCUCUGUAAUGAAGACUUCCUUGCAGUUUGUGGUCUGAAGGACUGCCACGUGUUGAGCUUCAAUAGCACUGGUUCCGUAUCCGAUCACAUUGUUCUACACCCACAGCUGGAAGGAAAUAACUACAUCAUCAAGGCCCUAUGGCUUCCUGGCUGCCAAACAAAACUUGCUGUAGUCUCGGCUGACUUUAUCAAAAUUUAUGACUUAUCACAGGAUGCCUUGAGUCCACAGUUCUACUUCUUACUUCCUAGCGGAAAGAUCCGUGACAGUUGCUUUGUUUUUACCGAAGAUGGACAGCAGCAUCUCUUGAUCAUGUCAUCAGCUGGGCACAUUUAUUACCAACCACUUUUGGAAGAGAGCUCUGCCCAGCAUGGACCUUUCUAUGUUACUAACAUCAUGGAAAUCAAACAUACGGACACAAAGGACACCAAUGGUACAGUAGCAGGAGGAGGUGUUUCAAUUUACUACUCCCACACCAUGCAACUACUUUUCUUCUCAUACUCAAAUAGUAAAAGUUUUAUUGCACCUCUUCCAAAAAUGACCCCAGAAAUCUCACUUUUGUUUCAAAUCCAUUUUGCUUCAAGCAAUGGCAAUGACAGCAAGUCAAACCCUCAGCCCCUCUGCCAGUGGUCAGAAAUACCCCAGCAUCCUGGCUUGGUCUUAGCUUUGAUGCAGUCAUCAAAUAAUCCUGUUACUCUAAUGGUUAAACCGGAUAGCAUCCAGGUACAAGAGAUCAAGUACAUGACUGCAAAGUCCAAGAUCACUGACCUGGUCGCUCUACGACAUUUGACUUACAAUGGGGAAACAAGGACAACACUAAUCUUACUGUGUGAGGAUGGAAGUCUAAGAAUCUACAUGGCAAAUCAAGAAAGCACUGGUUUCUGGCUAAUGCCAGCAUUCCAGCCAACACCUUUACCAUCUUCCAAACCUUCCAAAAAGAAAAAAACUGCAAAAAGUGGACGUCCUCCAGGAGCAGUGAACUUUCCCGUGGACUUCUUUGAACAGUGUACUAGCUUGAGUGAUGUAGAGUUUGGAGGCAAUGAUGUGCUUCAAAUCUAUAACACCCAACAGUUGAAACACAGAUUAAACACCACAGCAAUGUAUAUUGCAAGUACAAAACCUACGGGUUUUUCUGUGGAGGUCACUAACACUGACAACUCAAUGGUCAUGGUUGGUGCUCGCGUUCUUCUUGGAAGUCAAGACAGUCAACGUGUACCUUCCUAUAUUGAAGUUUUUGGACGCUGUGUUCAGGUAUCUUUGACUCGUAAUCGUUGGUUUGACCUUCCCUUCACACAUGAAGAAUCUCUCACGGCUGAUAAGAAAUUGACCAUUACAUUUGGUCCAAGUUCUGACCCUUCUGGAAUCACCAUGGUAGAUUCUAUUAAAAUAUAUGGAAAAAGCAAAGAAAAUUUUGGAUGGCCUGAAGAUAGUGAGGACUUUCCUUCUGCUACUGGCACAUCUCUUCCUGUGACAGGUCCAGUUAUUGGUAUGGACAGUGAUGGAAUUCCUGCAGCUCCUUUACCUCUAACUCCAACAGACAGGCUGGUGAGCAGCAUCCUUGAAGUGUUUGAUGGGUGUUUCUCCGUGCGCUGUAACACUGAAGGGGAAAAAGAACUGAGAGAUAAUGCUUUGGAUUUAGCAACAAAUCUUUUAACUCUUCCUACACCCCCAAUUGUCCAUCAACAUGUCAAAGCUCUUUUGGCCACUCUACAUUAUACCCAAGCUGCCUACAGCAGUCAUAAAGACCAGGCUUUGCUCAACUAUGUUAUACAGUGUCUGAACACAAACCAAGAUAUCCAGUCUCAUGAAGAUUUGGAUGGUGAAGCUUUCUACCGGUUGGUAGCUAUAGCUCGUGGUGUUGCCGUAUCUCGUCCUUCAAACUUGGUUCAAUUCGCCGAAAAUCAUGAACGAACAUUAACAGCUGAUUCUUCUGAUACAGUUGAAGUUUCAGACUUGGAAGCAGCAGAUCAUCUCACACCACUACCAACUUCACCUAAACCCCAAAACAACAAUCCAGAUCACGGUGAAAGCCCAGGGAGACGGAGUCCCCGUCAGUCAAGUGCUGUGGAUCCUAACCAUUUCCUAAUCCAACUGACAGACUCUUUCUGGAGGCUUCAUGCCCAGAGACCAAAAAACCAUGCUAUUGCUCCUGUUUCACGUCAUGGAUUGGUGCACAUUGAUGCAACGGUCCAAGCUCUUGUAGAAGUCAUUCAUGCUUUUACUUCAUGUGAUCUUGAAAAUGUACCUCUUGCUGCUAAACUUUAUGUUCGUCUUCUUCUCUCUGAUGACACUGCCAUCAGCUUUGCUGCCAAGGAUGCACUUGUUCGAUUACUGAGACCAAGACUCCGUCGAAGAAAGGUUUUCAUUCCAUCACCCCCGCAUUGUAGCACACCAGGUAAAGGAGAGACCCAAGAUACUGAAACCACAGAUUCAAGAACAUUGAGUCAAGCUCAAGCUACUGUUCAAGCUGCCCCCCAGGUUCAGCGGGCUGUUCAGACACAAUCUCAGAACCAGGUUUCCCAAGAAGAGCAACAAGAUUUUGAAAUGGUUGAGGGUUUAGAGCCAGUUGUUCUACUUCCAGGAGAAAAUGAAUCUGUAGGAGCCAAUUUGGAAGCUUUGAUAGCAGGCCAGGCCAGUUUCCCUCCACUGCUGGACAUUCCUCCUGAUGCUGAUGAUGAAACUAUGGUUGAACUAGCAAUAGCUCUCAGCCUUCAGGACCAACCAGGUCACUCUGAAAGUUUAGGUUUACAGAGUUUAUCCUUAAGGUCUCAAGGUCCUCAGAGAGCAUCAUCAUUAGAAGGUGGCCACUACUCUGACACUACAGCUUCGGCUGGUGCAAGUGAUGAUGAAGGAAGUACUGCUGCCACUGAUGGGUCCACUCUUAGGACUUCCCCUGCUGAACAGGGGGGAAGUGCUGGUUCAGAAAGUGGAGGAAGUGGUGUUGAUUCCAUAACAGGUGAGCACAAUGUGAGUGGCCGCAGUAGUGCUUAUGGAGAUAAUGUUCAUGAAAGCACAACCACUGGGGCUCGUUCUGAAACUAGCUCUGUAGGCGUUCCAAGCACGUCAAUGCCACAUGAAGCUGAGGGUCUGGAACUGGAAACAGAUGUAGAUACAAGUUACAGACUACAUUCGUUACGACUAAUACUGCUAGAAAAGCUGUUACAAUAUCUACCAGAACUUCGAGAUGUUGCAGGAGUGAGGGCUAUUCCAUACUCACAGGUACUAUUAAUGCUCAGCUGUGACUUGCAAGGAAAAGAUGAAAAAGACAAAGCUACUUUGGACAGUUUAUUGUCAGCUGUCAUUGCUGAACUAGAAAUGGGAAAUCAUGAUGUGAACAGACUAACUAAACGCACUUCUCAUCGCGAAGUUCAGCUGAUAAUUAUGAGAUUAUUGAGCAUAAUGAUGUCACGAGUGAGAACCUCCCUCAAGCCACUACUUGGAGAAGCUUCAGCAUUUUGUAGCACCAAUGCUGCUAUUGCCCUCCUGAACAAUAAUACCAUUGACUUUUGUUUACAAGUGCUAAAGGUCAUGCUGGAUUACUGGAAGGCUACUCAUGGAGAAAAGUCAACAGGGAGCAUAAGUCUGCUGAAACCCCACCCUGACUCCCCUCCACCAGAUAUGUCUCCUUUCUUCUUGCGGCCAUACGUUAAGGGUCAUGCCAAUGAUGUUUUCGAAGCUUAUCAGCAAUUGCUAACGGAAAUGGUGAUAAGACUGCCCUAUCAAAUCAAGAAACUGACUAGUUCUUUGCCAUCAAGUCCUCCACUGGUAUUUAACCAAGCCUGGUACUCUUACUUGUGUGAAUACAUGAUGAUGCCUCAAGCUCCUUUUGUGAAGAGACAAGUUCGGAAACUGUUACUCUUUAUCUGUGGUUCUAAGGAGAAAUAUCGUCAGUUGCGAGACUUUCAUGCAUUAGAAUCUCAUGUGAAGAAUGUCAAAGUAAUUUGUCAUCAAGGAGGUUAUGAUGGAGGAGCAAGAAACAAUGCUGUCAUUAGCUUGCCCUAUGAUUCACUUAUUACCCUUAUUGAACACCUAAAAGCAUGUACUGAAAUUGCAACAACACGCACCAUCAACUGGCAGAAAUUCUGCUUGAAGGAUGAAAGUGUUUUGUCUUUCUUAAUCCAUGUGAGUUUCCUGUUGGAAGAGGGAGUUUCACCUGUUCUCCUUCAGUUACUGCAGUCUGCUCUUUGUGGUUCUGCUGGUAUACAGCCUUCAAGCUCUCCAGUUAAGCAGAAGAAAGAUAGAGAAAAAUCUGAAGAGGGAGAAGAAGCUCCAAGGUAUGAUGAAGCCCAGUGUAUUGCUCUAGCUCAACAAGUAAACAAGUUCCUUGAUAAGGCUUUGCUCAGCCAGUUUAUUCGUUACUUCCUGUUGGAGUCAAAUGCCACAUCUGUGCGUUGGCAGGCUCAUUCACUUAUUUUCCACUUGUAUAAGAACUCAAGUUCUUUGCAGCAGGAACAGUUACUGGAUCUGAUGUGGAAAUUGUGGCCUCUGCUCCCUGUUUAUGGUCGUAAAGCUAUCCAGUUCGUCGACUUGCUUGGAUUCUUUACUCUAAAAACAUCUGCUUCGCAGAAGAAAGACAAAGACUAUAUGGAGAAAGCUUUGGGAGUUAUUCGUCAACAGAACCAACAACUUAUGACCCACCCCAAUUCUACUAUCUACAGUGCUUUACAGGGUUACGUAGAGUUUGAUGGAUACUAUCUCGAAAGUGAGCCUUGCCUCGUUUGUAAUAACCCUGAAGUUCCCUGGAGCAAUAUUAAACUCUCAGCAAUCAAGGUUGAUUCACGAUUCACCACCAGCACUCAGAUGGUCAAACUUAUCGGCAGUCAUACUAUCUCUAAGAUCAGCUUGCGUAUUGCUGAGCUGAAGCGUAGCAAAAUGGUGAGAACUUUGAAUAUUUACUACAACAACCGUACUGUGCAGUCUGUGGUGGAGCUUAAAAACAGACCUUCCAUAUGGCAUAAAGCCAAAAAGUGUGUACUGACUGCAGGCCAGACUGAGCUUAAGAUAGAGUUUCCCUUGUCUAUCGUUGCUUGUAAUCUGAUGAUUGAGUAUGCAGAUUUUUAUGAGAAUUUCCAAGCCUCAUCAGAAACACUACAGUGUCCUAGAUGUAGUGCUUCAGUACCAGCCAAUCCUGGAGUCUGUGCUAAUUGUGGAGAGAAUGUUUUCCAAUGUCACAAGUGUCGGGCUAUCAACUACGAUGAAAAAGAUCCUUUUCUUUGUAAUUCCUGUGGUUUUUGCAAGUAUGCCAAAUUUGAAUACACCUUGACAGCAAAACCUUGUUGUGCUGUUGAUCCUAUUGAGAAUGAAGAAGACAGAAAGAAAGCUACAACUACCAUUAACAACCUUCUUGAGAAAGCUGACAGAGUAUAUAAGCAACUCAUGGCUAACAUCCCAGCUCUAGAACACCUUUUACUUCGGAUCCACGAGCAUGGGAUGGUAGAAAGGAUACCAGAAGAUAGUGCUGCUGCUGGAAAUCCUGCAUCCAAUGUCAAUAGGGGCAUUCAACAACUAGCCCAGAAAUAUGGCACUGAUUGCAAAGCUUCAUUUGAUGAACUUAGCAAGAUUGUACAGAAGGUUCUAGCUUCACGGAAAGAACUGGUUGAGUACGAGAGACGGCAAAGAGAAUCUCGUGCUAAGAAUGCAUCUUCUACCACAUCAUUAUCCACUGAAGGUAUGGUUCGGAUUAUGACAUCAUCAUCAACAGAGAAACUUGGCACAGCUACAUCUCAGGGCCGUUGUUAUGGCUGUUCCAGUGCUGCAGUUGAGCACUGUAUUACAUUGCUUAGAGCCCUAGCAACGAGUCAGCGUUAUCGACAGGAUCUCUGUAGCCAGGGGCUAAUAAAAGAACUGGUGGAAUGUAACCUUCGAAAUGGAACUGUGCAGGUUCGUUGUGAGGUUCGUAAGUUGCUAUGUCUACUGACACAAGAUAAUCCAAAAGCAACUAAUGAUUUGAAUUCCUUGUUAAUGGAAAAGAUAGCCACAGCUUUGAAAGGACAUAAGAUCAACCCUGAUUUAGCAGGAGCUGUUCGGCAUGAAGUGGCACUUUUAGCAAGUAGUUUACAGAAGGAAGACUCAUGCUGGGAACAGUCACUAAGGUGUGUCAUGCAGCUGUUCUUGGUGGGUGUAAACAGCAGAGCUCCAGUUGUCAUGGAAAGCAUCACUCUGCCUUGCCUAAAAACUUUGCAGAUGUUAAUCAGAUCUGAAGCCCCAAGUAAUAAGAAGCUGAAGGAUAAGACAGUAGAAGCUCUGGCAAGUGUAAGAACUUCAGGAACAACAGCUGGUGUCAACCUUCAUAAGUGGCUUGCUGGAGACCCCCGUCACAGUUAUCGAGCCUGGAAACAAUCUAUGCCCAAAAGACAGUCGGAAUCUUCUGUUGUUAAACCUCAAAAACUGAGGACUGAAGAACUUCGUGCUCAAGUUUUGAUGAGAAAAUAUGCUUCCCGUUGGCUGGAAAAAACUCGACGACAUGCUGUCAAGCUGAAGCUGUUGCAUUCUAAUUGGCUUCGACAGGUAUUGUUCAGUCAGUCAUCUCGUGCUGCACGUGCUGUGGCCUGUUCUGUUAUGGAUUCCCUCUGUCAGGUUCCUACUCGCAAGCGAGAAAUUCUGGACAUGCUUACAGCUUACUUGGAUGACCUUGGGGCAGCUGGAGAAAGUGCAACAGAGUACUUAACAUUAUAUCAAUGCUUGAUUCACUCGGGUCACUGGAAACACUAUUUGGCACUUCAAGGAUUGCUUCCACAUUUAGGCAAUCUCAUUACACAAGAAAUAGAACGCCUAACUCACUUGGAAGAGACAACAUUAACGUCUGAUCUUUCUCAAGGUUAUGCUCUAAAAAUGCAGACAGAGCUUCUGGCUUCAUUUAUUGAGGUAGACAGUAUAAGACAGCAUUACAAGAGUCGACUGGUAGGAUGUGUGCUAAAUGGCUACUUGUCAUUACGAAAACUAAUUGUCCAGCGAACAAAGUUGAUAGAUGAAACUCAAGAAAAACUGUUGGAACUUCUAGAAGAAAUGACUACAGGAACAGAAUCAGAGACCAAGGCAUUCAUGUCUGUGUGUGUAGAGACUGUUAAGAAAUAUGAGCUUGAAGACUUGCGUACUCCAGUUUUCAUCUUUGAGAGACUUUGUUCCAUUAUAUAUCCUGAGGAGAAUGAUACUGGAGAGUUCUUUAUCACACUGGAAAAAGAUCCCCAGCAGGAAGAUUUCUUGCAGGGCAGAAUGCUUGGAAAUCCAUACAGCUCUACGGAACCAGGAAUGGGGCCAUUAAUGCGAGAUGUGAAGAACAAAAUAUGUCAGGAUUGUGAGUUAGUAGCAUUGCUAGAAGAUGAUAGUGGUAUGGAACUCUUGGUGAAUAACAAGAUAAUCUCUCUUGAUCUCCCAGUCAAAGAUGUAUACAAGAAGGUUUGGUGUAGUGAGAACAAUGAGACAGAAGCCAUGAGGAUCAUUUAUCGAAUGAGGGGGCUUCUGGGAGAUGCCACAGAAGAAUUUAUUGAAAACUUAGACAACAAGGAUACAGAAGAAGUAGACACCGAAGAAGUGUACAAAAUGGCUAAUGUCAUGAGUGAGUGUGGAGGUCUUGAGGUCAUGUUAGAAAGACUAGCAGCUAUUGAUGAUUUGACAAGAGGGCGACCUCUACUGAUGGUCUUGCUGAAAUUGUUUGGCUAUUGCAUUAAGGUAAAAUCAAACAGGCAAAAACUUAUAGAUCCAAACAUGGGAACUAUUCGAGUGAUGCUAGGAACUCUCUGUCUGGCACUGUCUGCUGAGUCGUCAGAACUGGUGCAGGGUUCUCCAGGUGGGCCAACCAUUACGGAGCAGAUCAUUCAGAUCAUGGAGCCUAUACUAGUGGAGGCAGCUGACCAGUCAUUGGAGACUUACAAAACGUUCUGUGCUGCAUCUGGAGAUAAAAAGGACAUCACCUUCCUGCUUUCUACUGUAACCACGUCAAUGGUCCGGAACAACUCAAGCCUCCUCCAGCUCCUGAUGAGGGUAGUUCCAUUCCUCACAUUAGGAAAUCAAGAAAAAAUGGAAACGCUAAUUAAUCACUUCCGACCUUACUUGAACUUCAACAAGUUUGACUUUGACCAUACCACAGAAGAUGAUCUCCAAUUAGAAUGUUUCUGCAUGUUAACUUCGGGAAUUGACCGUAGCAUCCAGGGCCAACAACUGAAAGAUCUGAUGUUGGGUCGUGGAAUUGUACAAGAUGCACUGGAGUACCUAACAGUUCACGCUCCACCAGUCAAGACAGCUCUCUUGGUGGCAUCUGAUGAUUGGAAAGAGUUCACCUCGAAACCAGCUUUGAAAUAUGUUUUGAGACUGUUAACAGGACUUAGUGCUGGACACGUCAACACUCAGCUGUGGGUCAGUGCAGAUUGUAUUCCAAUCAUACACAGAUUAGAGCAAGUUUCUAGUGAUCAGCGUGUUGGUUCUUUGGCUGAAAACCUAAUGGAAACCUUAAAAGAGAACCCCAAUGUAGCUGCUAAAAUAGAAGAGGUGAGAAAACAGACUAGAGAUGAGAAAAAAAGACUAGCCAUGGCCAUGAGGGAGAAACAACUAGGAGCUCUAGGGAUGAAGACCAAUGAACGAGGCCAGGUUAAAGCUAAGAGUACUUACGUGAGACAGUUAGAAGAACUGGGAGAAGAGUCUGGCCUAGUCUGUAUCAUCUGUCGAGAAGGUUACAUGUUUCAACCCACCAAAGUUUUAGGUAUUUACACCUUCACUAAGCGUUGCAAUGUGGAUGAUUUCGAUAAUCGUAACAGGAAACCCCCUAGUUAUACCACUGUUCCAGGUUACACCACUGUUACUCACUUCAAUGUGGUACACGUAGACUGUCACAUGGAUGCUGUCAGGCAUGCUCGAGGACGAGAUGAAUGGGAAAGUGCAGCACUUCAAAAUGCCAACACAAAGUGCAAUGGUUUAUUGCCUGUAUGGGGACCAAAAGUACCAGAGUCGGCAUUUGCCAGUUGCUUGGCUAGACAUAAUACUUAUCUGCAAGAAAGUACAGGUCAUCGAGAUAUCAGCUACUCUUCCACAGUCCACGAUCUUAAGUUGCUUCUCUUGAGGUUUGCCAAAGAAAAGUCUUUCAGCGAAGAAAGUGGAGGUGGUGGCCCUCAGAGCAACAUAUAUCUUAUUCCUUACCUUGCCCACAUGGCUCUCUAUGUCAUCAACACAACAAGAUGUACAGCUAGAGAAGACAAGAACAUAACCAACUUCCUUGAAGCUCCUCCAGAUAAAUGGGUAGAAAAUUGCUUUGAGGCGGAAGGUCCGUACUACUGGUUAACAAUGUCUGUUCUAGUACAUUCCAAUACCAAAUGGCAUGAAAACCGUGUAGCUUUCUUGAGAAGAUUAAUUAUCCUUGCCCAAGCUAGGCACUGCUCACCUCAGGGUACUGCUUCUCUUAGUGACCUUCAGCCAAAGGACUAUAAUGUUUACAAGCCUGCUCUUCUAUUUUUUGGGCUGAUUAAUGCAUUCUAUUCAAUUCUAUGGAAGCGAGUUUCUGUAAGUGUCGGAGAAGAAUGGGCUCCAGCAGUAGCAGAAUACAUCCGCCACAAUGAUCAGACUCUUUUGGAAGCUGGAGAUAAACUGCUAAGGACCUACGAAGACGAACUACUGCUGUGUCAGUCCUUCAUGGAAUUUUGUGAUGUUGUUGGGCUCCUGAGUAGUAUUCCAGAUCCUGAUAGUUUUCUUCAGGAGACACUUCAGAUGGUAUCAAGAACCCAAGAUGCCUGAGAUUAUUAGUAUUUAUCUCCUCUUUCAAAAUUUAUGAAGAUAAAGUAAUUUUUGUGUGCGUGUGUGAUCCCCGCUAUUGUAGUUUCUGAGCAUUGCAUUGUUGUAUAAUUAGGUGUUAAUUAUUGGAAGUAAAUUUACCAAGCAUUAA